UCUUAAGAGGGUAGCUUACUUCAGACUGUGGACAUGUUUGCCAAUUUUAGCUGCUUGCACCAUGCUUUGGGACUCAUCUGAUUUACUGCUCAAAUUCUUUUUCUUAAUGGAACUUGUUUUUGUUUUGAAGCUUCUAAAAGAGUUCCCAAGAGAUCUGGUUUCUCUAAAGAGAGCACAAGUCAUAUGCUUCUACAUGGGCCUGCCUGGUCUUUCUUUAUCUCUUGUUCAACAGGUUCUACCUCAAAAUGAAGGAGAAAAUUACAUAUAUGGCAUGCUUGCUUUCCCUUUAUUGGAGCUUGGACGAAUGGAGGAUGCUGAGAAAGCUGCCAGAAGGGGAUUUGAAAUCAAUAAGCAAGACAUCUGGGCACAGCAUGCUUUAUGUCAUGUUCUUCAGUAUAAUUGCUUUUUUAAAGAAGCUGUUAAGUUCGUGGAAGAAUGUUCAUCAUCAUGGGGUUCUUCUUCAUCUUUUAUGUUGACACACAAUUGGUGGCAUGCAGCACUUUGUUAUUUAGAAGGUAAUGCUCCAAGGCAAAGAGUACUUGAGAUAUAUGACAAUUAUAUAUGGAAGGAGCUAGACAAAAAUGAUUCUGUGACUGCAGAGGUUUACUUAAAUGCUGCGGGUCUGCUUUUGCGGUUUUAUGUACGUGGUGAAUUGGAUAUUGUUGGUGAUCGUCUCAAGAUACUUGCAGAAUGCUUAACUAAUCAAGUAAAAGCGUUGAAGGCCAUCGAAGUGUUAGAGAAGCAAAUCAAGAAGAGAGAUGGCGUCCCCUUCUUAUGGCGUCUACUAGAGAGGGGAUACAAACUAGCUAACAAGCCAGAAGAAGCAAUCGCGAAGGAGAAGGCCACGGCUUUGGAGACUCGUUAUUUUAAUUGAGGGAAAUGGAAUAAUCAUAGAACCAAGUUCAUCUUUAAUAUGUACCCGUUGUUACCAACGCAAAAUCCAAUCCUUCAUUGGGUUGUAAAAUUGCGGACAAAAUAAAUGUAACACAAAUAAACGUUGCCUUCCGUUCCAGACUCCCUAUGCAUGGUCGUUGUUGUUUGUGCA